AUGCAUGCACGAACAAGGGCAAAUGCCCCGGUGCAGCCCUUGGCCGUGUCCGCGACCCCCUUGAUCGGCGAGAGAAUACUAAAGUCUCGCUGGUCAGAGGAAGAAACGCCGCGCUCGCUCUUACCCUCCUCUCUCGCCCGCAGACCCACCCAGAAGUCCAAUCUCAGCCUCAAGUCGGCCAGCAGCCUUUCAAAACGAGACCAAGGCCCAUCGUCGCCCAGGCCGAACGCUGCUCGCACACCACGUCCCAUUCCAGCACCUGACCCGAUCAUUACCAUUUCCGCCGCGUCCAACUUGGGCACCAACAACAACCACGACAGCGCCGGCAACCACCACCCCCUCGCUCCUUCCACCACCGGCGAGAGCACCAGCUACCACAGCGUCCUCGACGACUCCCACGACGAGCUCGAUUACGUGACCGUCGAGCACCCAGGGCCUGCUGACUCUGCCAUCGUCUCCCGCCCAGAUAAGGCCUCGCGCGUCUUAGGUAUCAGGCACCGCAAGGAGAUGGAGCCUAUACCCGCUUCGAACCGCACAUCUAUCGCGUCCGCGCGUUCUGCACCUGCCAUUUCUGUCAGCGCUCCUCCUCCAUCUUCCUCUGGUCCUACCAUGCCUCUAGCUUCUCUCUAUGUCGUUUCCGGUCUUCCCAAAAGUCCUUACACAUGGACGCUUGCUGAUCCCGACUCUGUCCUGGGUCUCCACCACAGUGACGGCGCGGUGGGCAGGUGGUGGAGGCCCGAAGUAUUGGGCAGCACCGUCAGUCCUGGUGCAGGCGGCGGCAGGCGCAAGAAGAAGGGCAAGACCGAAGAGAGCACUAGCGUCUUCAGUAGCUCUGGCCAUCUGAGCAAGCAGGAAGUCGGCAAGAUGCUCUCAAAGGCUCUCAAACUCUCCUUCACGCGUGAAAUCGAGAUCAUUGCGUCCACCUUGCAGCCCGCGUCAACCGUCCACACCUUCACGUUUACCCUUCCCGCGCCCUCCACCCCGCUCGCGCCCUGCGCUUCCACGGACCUCCUGCGCGCCUCCGUCCUCAGCGGCAACUCCGACCCACACUCUUCCAUCGUGACGUUCCCGUACCCGUACACGGACGACCCCUUCGCGCGUGCACGCCCCUCCUCCGCGUACCUGGGCCCGCACUUCCUCUCCCCGCACUCGCAGUCCGCCGGCACGCGCGACCUCGCGCUCGGUGCAGGCGGCGUCAAGGCCGGCGCGAACAACACGGUCACGUACCACGGCGUGUGCCUCACCGUGUGGUCGCACGCGGACGCGGAGCGCACCACGGCAAUCCGCCGCACCCUCGAGGCGGGCCGCUCGCGCAAGGAGUCCGCGCAGUCCCUCGUCGCGGCGCGCAUGAAACAGCACGGGACUGCGGAUCCGGCUGCACAGGCCCGGCGCCGUGCGCGGAUGAGUGCGCGGGGGCCGUGGGGAGGCCCAGGGACCGAUGCUGAGACUGACGGGGAUGGCGAGACGGACGGUGAGGGCGGCGCGGUCAGCGAGAGCGACUUUGAGGUCGCGAGCACGGUUGGGCAUACUCCGGGCGAGAGCACCCUGUUCUUGCCAGGCGAUACCGUGUUCUGGUUGCCGUAUGCGCUGACGCUGGUAUCGAGGUAUCCCAUCUACGACCUCAUGCGGGACUACUUGACUCUUUCGUGGGCACGGUUCUCCAAGGAUGUCCAGUCGCAUACUCUGCAGAUCAGCAAGAUUCUGUCACAUCCUGCCCCACGUCCGGGCGAGCUCGUUCGUCUGGACGCGUCUUCCGCUCCAAUUCCUUUGUCUUUAGCUGGCGGGCCUCAUGGGCACACGGAAACGAGCUUGGAGGUCGUAGCGCGCUUCCCUGGCGGCUUGGACUUCGGUCGUGGGCUGGUGGAUGUAAACUUCACCAUGUGGCCGCUCUUCAAGUGUCUGAACAUUGAUAACAUCCUAACUAUCUGCGAGAUCGCAUUGGCGCCUACCGGCCGCAUCCUAUUUUUUUCGAGGCACUCGGCCAUUCUCGGUAUCGCUGUGUUGACGAUCAAGUAUCUCGUGGAGUUGCGCGGAUGGAACGGUGUCGCGCUUUCGUCUGUGCACUCCCGCGAUGCGAAGAUCUACAUUGAUGAUCCUGGCCCGUGGAUCAUGGGUCUCGCUACCGAGGUGCGGUAUUGCGUGCGGGCUCCAGCGGAGGUCUGCGUUGUCGACCUGGAUAUCAACUACUUGAAUUGUCCCGCGCCUCCGCCUGGGGUCGUCUCGACGAAGCAGCAGCGCGACAAGUAUAGGCAAAGGCUGCUGGCAGCUUUUGAGCCGCACUAUCAUCCUGAUCACGGUGUCCCGAGUGAGUUCAAGGAGGCGUUUCCCGCUGGACGGUUCCGACCGGUAUGCAAAAUCCAGGCUAAGCGGGGCGCUGCGUCCACUGCGGUUGCAGACAUGGUCAAGCCUCCGGAGUGGUGGCAUUCCACACGCAUCAUCCAGGCUUUCGACAGCGUCCUGGCGGAGAGGAUGAAAAAGCCGUCUCUGCUCAAGCGCAUCAGCUCCUUCGGUUCUGUGCGCCCGCUGCCGCGCCUCACGGUCGCCGAGCAGCACAUCCAGCUGUCGAUCCGCAAGCGCGCGACAGCGUUUGUCGAUGCGCGGGACGACCUCGAGACGAAGAUCGGGCGGCUCUCGCGCCGCCUCAACUUCCUCAUGACGGAGUCGGACCUUUGGCGUGACAAAUUCGUCACGUUUGAGCAGUACGCGGAGAAACUCAGCGUGGAGGCGAACGACCUCCGUACGAAGAUCAACAAGGAGCAGCGCGAGACGAAAAGGCUCUCGAGCAUGGUCACGAUGACCGCCGCGGAGAAGGCCAAGCUUCAGUCCCAGUUGAAGGACACCGAGACCGCCCACAAGGGCGCUCUGGAGGAGCUCGAGAUGAUGAGGCAGACGAUGGAGAAGAUGGAGGAGGAGCGCGCGGAGAUGAUCGCGGAGGUCGAGGCCCAGAUCGAGAGCGCGCUGGCGUCCAUGGCCGUCGACAUGGACGAGUCCGACUACGGCUCGCGCCCCAGCAGCCGCCUGUCCUCCCGCUCGGCACCGAGCACGUAUCGCCGACCGACCGAGUCCCGAUCCAGAGGACUCCGCUCGUUUGGCACCGAGUCUACGUUAGUGGACUCGUAUGAAGGCGAUGAGCGGGAUGAGCAUGCCAAGACCCCGCUCUCAACAGGCACAGUCAUGGAGGUGGACGAGGAGCAGGAGGAGGCGCCGCCCAAGAAGAAGCGCUUCUCAGCUAGCCAUGGUGAGUUGCCCCAGGACGGCAUGACGGCCGUAGACGAAGGCAUCAGCCAGAAGAGCGACAAGAUUGCACAGAAGGUGCUUCAAAUCCAACGCAAGCUCGAGUCCGCGUUGGAGCGUCGUUCUUUGGAAAGUCAGGUUAGCGAAAGCGACUUGUCGGAAACACCGAGGGCAUUGCGGUCCCGUCUCGCCAAAGGUGGCCGGGCCUCCAGUAGAACGUCUGGGAAGAGCAGAAAUUUUACAGCUUCAGCACCUGGGACGGGUCAUCACAGCCCCAGCACGCAAUCAUUUGCCACCCGUGUUCCCGAGAGGCCUACAUCUCCAACACGAGAUGACGUGCAAAGUGAUCAUGUCCAGACCGACUCUCCGCCUACGGAGUCUUGGACCAAGCAGGACGUUCGUUUGUCUGGUUUGCGCAAAAUCCCAUCGACGGUAUCAUUGAGCGCUACUCGGCCGAAAUCUCCUAGCAUGGUCACUCCUACCACACCCUCACUGUCAGUCGGAGCGGGCGUUUCCACAGACGAUGAGGAUACCGACUUCCAGAGUGCAUACUCCACGAGCCCCAGAGCGAGCUACGGCAGCUUCGACAGUUAUUCCUCGGGAGCAUUCCAUACUAGUGACACCGAGCACGGGUCCCCUAUAUCUAUCAAGGACCAGUCUUAUAUCCAGCCUAUCAUCAAGAGCAGAGAGCGGGUGUCUAGUACGGCUACUGCAACGGCAUCGAAGAUCCGUAAGGGCAGUAGAGCUAGCGAGGAUACCGUGAUCACAGCAGCGCCGCCGACUGCCAACAUUAAUGAGUGA